UUUUCCGCUUAACAUUGACUCUAUUUCUCUUUUAUAAACACACUGGAUUGCACGGCUGGAACUAUCUGUAUCAAUUUUAUAAUUAGUUUAGUCUCCAUCAUUAAGAGGAAAAAUGAAAGUUUUCCACUGUUAUCAUUACUCCUUUGUCACCUUGUUCAAGCUUUUAAGCUAAACAUAACUUCUCUCGAUAUAUCAUAACUGAAACAUUGAUGAUUAUUCUGCUUAGAAAUUAAAGCUGAUUCAGGCUUUGAAGGUUUCAAUGGCUGAAACCAUUUACGGCUUUGCUGAUAAGGUGAAAGGAUUUCCUGGUUUGGCGGGGAGGGCAACAUGGAAGGUUGGCAAAGAGGAUCCAAGAAGGGUGGUCCAUGCUUUGAAAGUUGGCAUUGCUCUGACACUAGUUUCUUUGUUGUAUCUGAUGGAGCCAUUGUUCAAAGGGAUAGGAAAAAAUGCUAUGUGGGCUGUCAUGACUGUUGUUGUGGUCAUGGAGUUCACUGUAGGUGCCACUUUAUGCAAAGGACUAAAUAGAGGAUUGGGGACUCUGUUAGCAGGAUCAUUGGCUUUUCUUAUUGAGUAUGUUGCAGAUGCACCUGGUCGGAUUUUUAGAGCAGUUUUCAUUGGUGUUGCAGUUUUUAUGUUAGGAGCAAUAACAACUUAUGUGAGGUUCAUCCCUUAUAUCAAAAAGAAUUAUGACUAUGGUGUUAUGAUCUUUCUGCUGACCUUCAAUUUGAUAACUGUAUCAAGCUACCGCAUUGAUAAUGUCUGGAACAUUGCAAGAGAUCGCAUUGCAACCAUUGCCAUAGGUUGUGGUCUGUGUCUUGUAAUGAGCCUAUUGAUAUUUCCAAACUGGUCAGGUGAAGAUCUUCACAGCAACACCAUAUCAAAGCUUGAAGGCUUAGCCAGCUCUAUAGAAGUCUGUGUCAUGAAAUAUUUUUAUGAUCAUGCAAAGCCAGCAACUCAAGAUGAAUCAUGUGAAGAUCUUAUUUACGAAGGUUACAAGGCUGUCUUAGACUCCAAAACUAGCGAUGAAACACUGGCAUUACAAGCAAGUUGGGAACCAAGAUACUCAAGAUAUUGCCACAGAAUCCCGUGGCAUCAAUAUGCAAGAGUAGGAGCUGCUCUUCGCCAUUUCAGUUACACUGUUGUAGCACUACAUGGAUGUCUACAGUCUGAAAUUCAGACACCAAAGUCAAUUCGUGCCUUAUACAAAGGCUCUUGCAUCAGGGUUGGAGAGGAAGUGUCAGAAGUAUUAAGGGAACUGGCCAAAAGCAUAAGAAACAAUAGUCAAUUCUCCCCUGAAACACUCUCAAACAAUCUCAAUGAAGCAUUACAAGACCUUGACAAUGCCUUGAAAUCUCAACCACAACUUGUACUAGGAUCGAGAAAUGGUCGAACCCCCAACACCCCAGUUCAAGCAACUCCACUUCGUGACCAAAAGCUUGAAGAGGAAACCAGAAUCUCAUCCUCAAGUGUCAAAAAUGAUUCUUUUUCCCCACGUGAAUGCAAAUCCAAAGAGCACUCUCGCGAAACGCCAAAGAAGGUUCUAAGGCCACAACUGAGUAAGACUGCCAUCAUUAGCCUCGAGUUCUCAGAAGCAUUACCCUUUGCUGCUUUCACUUCUUUGCUUGUAGAGAUGGUGGCUAAACUUGAUCGUGUUAUGGAUGAGGUUGAAGAGUUGGGUCGAUUGGCACACUUUAGAGAGUUUAAAGAUGAUGAUUAUAAUGAUGAGAUUGUUGUCAGUUGCGAGAAACCAAGGAUACACGUAGCUCAGAAUGACUUGCCUUCUCAUGGAGGAGAGUAAUUAGUAGAAUCCAUAGGUGUUUACCAUCAUCCCCAUGAGCAGAGUUACAAGCAUACAUAUAUUCGUGUGUGUAAAGGAACAUGCAAAGGUGUACUUAGAAUGAUUCCACAACAAUUACCCUGAUGUGCAAAUUGAGCUCCUUGGUUUGUUAAUAGCUAGCAUGUUUUGAUUUAGUUGAGUGAUGUUUACAUUACCUAUGUCUCAAUUAAGAUCUCUCACGAGCCUUGUGCAUACGGAAGAAUAAGUUAUAUAUAUAUACACACACAUCAGGGUAUGUGAUUUUUGCUUA